AUGGAUCAAAGAGCAAAGAUAAGUAAGGACAGGGCAAGUAAGCUUAUACUGUAGUUUACUUAAUUGGGAAUAGAGGGACUGCCUGCUGAUAUCCCAGUUUCUUAUAAGUCAAGGGCAUGUUCUUUCUGCUCAUUGACAUUUUGUUCUAAAACGGGGACUUAAAAAAAAUGGUUUCAGGACUUCCGGGGUGGCGCCAUAGGCAAUGGCGGACUCCCUCUGAACUGGAGGGACUAGCUCCGCGCGAAACGGGUCUUUUCCGCUACGGCGAAGCGGGGACCCUUUUAAAAAUCACAGGCGGAUGAAGCCUGUGACCAUGGGACUCGGCGGGCACCCUUAGCGCCCCCCCCAACCCACAAAGGAACCCACUAACGGGCUCCGAAGCGAAGAGGCGGAAGCGGCGCGGUGCUGUGAGUCAACUGCUAUUUCCGUGGAGCGAAGCCGCACAGCCGUUGCCGGAGAGCGCUGCCUUUUUCCUGGGACAAUUUGGCUUCUAAAAUAAGCAUCCGUGAGUACUUAAACUUUGAACAAUUGGACUUUAAAUAAGGACUUGCGAGCAGAAAGGAAUUGGACUUUAAAAUUUUACUUCAAUUUGGUACUGAAACGGGAAGGUCUAAACAGGAAGUUAGCCUUCCGUUUCUUUGUAGACAGAAUAAAGCAAAGACAACGUAAACUAGAGCUCAGAAAAUCGCCUCUAAAGGAUUGGCUUUCAUCAUUUAAAAUUGUUGAACCCCCCUUCAGCAGCAGGAGAAGAAGAGGGAUCUUUUUUGGACUGUUUAAACCUGCAGAAGUGAGUUUAAAGUAAAGUAACUUUCCACCGUCCUGAUCCUGGAGCGGGGUGUCAGGACUGACGUUCGAAGCUCAUUGACCAGAGAUAAACGUUUUUGACAGAUAGCUAAAAGAAGAGGAACAUAGUGAUUCCAUUGUUUCCUUUCGCACCUUAAAGGAACAAAUAUUGACAAAAUAUCUGAAAAAAGGAAACUCUGUUGCUAGACUUGUCUUUAAAAGAAAGAUCAAAUAGAAGUUUUCCCCCUAGAGGGAGACUGUGAAACUGUAACCAACUCCUGGGAGCUGGCAACUGUUACAGAUUACAAUCGUGGGAAUAGACAUCUGACCUUGCAGGACAAUGUAUUCAGAAGCUCUGUUGUGUGCUUUCUAUAAAACAAAUGCCCUACUGGAACAGCUACAUGAGAAGACGAAUUUGAUGGCUGAUUUGAUUAGAAAUUUUGAACAGGCAGUGGGAAAUUUUGAACAGGCAGUGGGAAAAUAUGUGGAGCCCACCCAGGAAUUAAAUCAGGAGUGUGCCCUGACAGAACAGGCCCAACAGUAAUAUGAGCUGUCGGAUUUGACAAAUGAACUUGGAAAAAGCCAGAUUUGGAAAGAAAAAGUUUGGUUUGGUUUGGAAAUGGGGGGUUGGAUAGACCCUCCUAUGCAGGGAUGUUUGGACUUUUCAAGUCUGGCAAUGGGCUGUGAGAUGUUUGGGAUUGUGGGGGCUCUCAAUUUUGGAGGGUUUUUGAAACAUGUUUUUAAAUACCACAUGGAAUUUAGUGUCGAUUAUGGAAAAGGGGCUGAUCUGUCGAGAAGGGUCAAAAAUAUUGCUAUGCUGGAGUUCCCACGAGUGAAACAAGCAGGAGACAAGGGAAAAUACAGUUAUAAAUAUGAAGAAGAGCUGCGGAAGGCACAUGGAAGAGACUUAAGGGCCUUGGAUAUAAGGUCACCAGGUUAAUGCGCCAGAUCGAUGGGAUAAUAAGGACUGACAAACCCAGGACCAGGAGGAAGGGAUGCUGGAUGAAGAUUGGAUUUGUUUUUAUUUCUUUUUUUCAUUACUAGGACUGUUUUAUAAAAUUGAUGAAUGUUAGAAAAAUGUUGGAAUGAAAUUAUUUGGCUUUAGUAAAAAUGUUUAAAGAAUUAUGUAAGAAUAUUAUGGUUAUGAGAAGUUGGUAAGAAUAAGAUUUAAGUUUUAAGUUCCAAGGUUUUUUUUAUAGUAAGAUAAGAUUAAAAUAGUUUAAGGUAAUGUAAUGACAGAAUAUUAUGAAAUAUGGAAAGGAUUUGCUGUGACAAUUAACAACCAGGACACAAGGAAGUGGAGGAGGAGGAGGUCAAGGAAAGAGGGUAAUGACAGUUGAGGAGUUGAGAAUAAUGGAUUUGUUUUUAAAUGUUUUUAAAUUUUUGUGGUGUAUUUUUGUUUUUUCUCUCUUAUUUUGUGUAUUUGUAUGGUUGGAAGUGGCUUGUUUUUCUCUUUUUCUACUUUGUUUUCUUUUGUAACUUUUAAAAAAAAUUCUUUCAAUAAAUAUCAUUUAAAAAAAAAAAAAUGGUUUCAUUCCCACCCUUGUAGUUGACCUGAUCAAUUACCUCAUGUCAAAAGCGCUCCCCUUUUUGUGUUUCCAUUUCCUCCUUUACUGGUGUGUCUGUCUGCCCCUAUCCCUGUUUCCCACCAGAUGCUUUUGUGCAAGGACAACCACAGCGGAGACACCUCCACCUGUCCCCAACCGUGACCUUAGUCAUGGGACUUCUCUGGUGUUCCUUCUACAGAUACUGUCUCUUGGUUGUGUAAGUCAUUCCAAUUUGCCCUAAGGAUAAGUCAGAUGUUUCUGUUAGAGAGGCAAGUAGCCAUACGUCAUCCUCAGCCACAGACGCACAUGCCCUUGUCGCCUCAGGCGACAAAACACAUACAGAUAUGUACACACAAGGGAGUUCACUGAGUGCAGAGUAAACAGGAGUGUGUAUACAGCCUUUAUGUCCACUGAAUGGUGGGCAGUGGGGCCCCUCACAUAGAAUCCUAUUUCUUUAUGCCAGAAAACUCAGGCAGCACAGUCUUCUGGAUGGAAAAAAUGUACAGGGCAACAGGUCCACUCGCUUGGCUCUGGGGCCCUGUGUUCCCAGGGGUGCUCCCACUGCACACACGCAGGAAUUUGAUGUCAGCCUGCCUGCCAGCAUGCCUGAUGUCAGCAUGCACACAUCAUGUGCUCACGUAUGCACUGGCACAAAAUUUUGUGGGUGCCCGGCCCCUUCAUGGGGAAUGUUGUGGGGGCUGGAACGCCUAAGGCCCCAGGCACCAGGUGCCUAUGCAAGGCAAACUAGAACAAGGGGCUUGCAGAGAAUACCACAACCUUGGUGCUAAAUAUGUACAGCCACAUUGACAAUGGCUUCUGUCUUCAUAUUUUAAUUAGUAUGGUGAUGCCGAACUAAAUGCCUGCUUUUGAUAACAAUUCUUUGCAACGCAAGUGUCCUGUUCUGCAUCCCACACAUUCUGCAAAAAUUUUGGAAACUGGACAAAUUGCCCACCAGCCCAGCUUAAUCACCUGCUGUGAUGGGCUCCAAACUAUCCUAAUAGUUGAAAUGUCACAAUGGCACCCAUCAUCAGCCACAGGAAGCUCUUUGCAGCAAGUGUGCUUGCUUCUUUAAGGCACACCUGGACAAAGGGUGGGUUGCAUUUUUGAGAUGUUUCUGAGAGAGCUACAAGAUGAGUCAGAGAGGCCCUGCUUGCAGAAUAUUUUGCAUGGAAACCUUUGCUGUUUAGUGUGUGUUUCUCACCCCUCCACCCACACCCCCAACACACCCCACACACGCUCCAGAGAAGCAGUUUUUUUCCUGACAUGGAGCUGACACAAUAUUAAAAGAAAGAGCCUGACCUGUUGAAAUUUUGCCCAACCUGUACCUGUAUAAGGCAAAGGAGCUUGGCCUGAGAAGGAAUGGCAUUCCUACAUUCAGUGUCUCAAGUCCUUGUAGCCCACACUGAGCCCACCUCAGUCACUUCCCCUUUUGCAUGGCCCAUGGAAAUUGCUUGCGUUAUGUGUCUAGUUUGCAUUGGGUUGCCUGCAUAGUUCAAGAUGCAAUGCUGGCAACUGGGUGAGCCCAUAGCAUCAUCACAACUUAUUUGGGAGGUGAAGCCUCCAUUUUAGCAUUAAAGUGCUGAAACAGCACUUUUUUGGAGGGGGGCAUGUACAAACAAGGGGAGUAAGUCAUUUGGAAACCCAGAUACAAAUCCAGAGUUCAGGCCAGAUCAGAGGACCCAUGGCUGCUUUUCCUUCAAAAUAAAAGUGGUGGUGUUAAGCAUACUUUUUUUAAAAAGUGCUCAAUAUUAAUACUAUAUUAAGCACACAUUUAAGAAGCAUCCUUGAUACUACCAUUUUUAUUUUGAAGGUGAAUUCUGCAGCAGCUGAAAACUGGAAAUUCUUGAAUUUAUUAGCUCUGUCUCCUCUAAACUGUGAUGUGUGAGAAGUGUCUGUGGUUCUGGCAAGGGAAAUGUGUCUUACAUGUGCCCUUCCUGCAAAGGUUCAGUCCUGACACUGAAAAGGAAGAUGCCAUGUCUCAGCUCUGGUGACUCCUCCUGGCCCACAUCUGGCGACCAAGCUGCCCAACCAACAGCAGAUGCUUCCCAGAUAACAUAUUUCAUUAAAACUAAGUUCUAGAAAGACAUCUACUUCUGCUUCAUUGACUAAGAAAAAGCCUUUGACUGUGUUGACCACAGCAAACUAUGGCAAGUUCUUAAAGAAAUGGGAGUGCCUGAUCACCUCAUCUGUCUCCUGAGAAAUCUCUAUGUGGGACAAGAAGCUACAGUUAGAACUGGAUAUGGAACAACUGAUUGGUUCAAAAUUGGGAAAGGAGUACGACAAGGCUGUAUAUUGUCUCCCUGCUUAUUUAACUUAUAUGCAGAAUUCAUCAUGCAAAAGGCUGGGCUGGAUGAAUCCCAAACCGGAAUUAAGAUUGCCGGAAGAAAUAUCAACAACCUCAGAUAUGCAGAUGACACAACCUUGAUGGCAGAAAGUGAGGAGGAAUUAAUGAACCUUUUAAUGAGGGUGAAAGAGGAGAGCGCAAAAUAUGGUCUGAAGCUCAACAUUAAAAAAACGAAGAUCAUGGCCACUGGGCCCAUCACCUCCUGGCAAAUAGAAGGGGAAGAAAUGAAGGCAGUGAGAGAUUUUACUUUCUUGGGCUCCAUGAUCACUGCAGAUGGUGACAGCAGUCAUGAAUUUAAAAGACGCCUGCUUCUUGGGAGAAAAGCGAUGGCAAACCUAGACAGCAUCUUAAAAAGUAGAGAUAUCACCUUGCCAACAAAGGUCUGUUUAGUUAAAGCCAUGGUUUUCCCAGUAGUGAUGUAUGGAAGUGAGAGCUGGACCAUAAAGAAGGCUGAUCGCCGAAGAAUUGAUGCUUUUGAAUUAUGGUGCUCGAUGAGACUCUUGAGAGUCCCAUGGACUGCAAGAAGAUCAAACGCAUCCAUUCUUAAGGAAAUCAGCCCUGAGUGCUCACUGGAAGGACAGAUCGUGAAGCUGAGACUCCAAUACUUUGGCCACCUCAUGAGAAGAGAAGACUCCCUGGAAAAGAACCUGAUGUUGGGAAAGAUGGAGGGCACAAGGAGAAGGGGACGACAGAGGAUGAGAUGGUUGGACAGUGUUCUCGAAGCUACCAGCUUGAGUUUGACCAAACUGUGGGAGGCAGUGGAAGACAGGUGUGCCUGGUGUGCUCUGGUCCAUGGGGUCACGAAGAGUCAGACACGACUAAAUGACUAAACAACAACAACAACAAAAGGGAUAUAUUAGGGUGUCACUUGUAUUAGCUAUGGCAAAGGUAGAAGGAUUGAUUCGGCUUGCAUUUAAAUUGUAGUUCGUUACACAGAUUCUGCUGUGGGAAGAGACUUGACUUUAAACAAUGUUGCUUUCUCUGAUUCAUUUGCAACAUUGCUGCACUCGCUUCUCAAAGCAGGGCCAAAAUAGAUACAGUAUUUAAUUUCAGGCCAUGCACAAAUGGGACUUCACAUUAACAAUGUAGUCCCUGAGGACACAGUGAAACGCCAAAAACUGGGAACCAGUAGAAAUAUUUUGGAGGGGAAGGAUCUCUCUCUUGGGAUCUGAAGUAGGGUAGUUUCCACAGCACAUGCCAAUUGCCUUCAUGUAUUCUUCAACUUGAUUAUUUGUAGGUAAAGCAAAUAUUGCAAAAAUGGCACCAGUUUCCUGUGCUCUCUCCCCUCCCAAGGAAAUCAAACUUGGGCCAUGCUGCCAUCUCACUGCGAGGAGGAGUGAGCAACAACUGUUUCUUUGACCACCCCAAAUUAUACCUCUGUGCCAAAUGCGGAGAGAAAAACAGAUGAGAUCACUUAUUGUGAAAGAGCUAAAAGCUUGAUUUGGAGUCUGUUUGGUGUUGCUGGUAUGUUGAUGAUACUCAGCUCUUUUUCUCCUUUUCGGCACAUUCAGAGGAAGAUGUGGAAGUGCUGAAUUGGUGCCUAGGUUCAGUUAGGGCCUGGAUGAGGGCUAGUAAACUCAUGUUCAAUCCAGAAAAGAUGGAGGUGUUGUCAGUGAAUGAUUUGUCUGAUUGUUUCUGGACAGAGUUGCUCUCUGUCUCAGAGUCUUUCUGGACAGAGUUGCUCUCCCCUUGGUAGGCCAGACUUGCUGUUAGAUCCAGUUUUUACCAUAAAAGGCCCCAAUGGCACCUGUAAUAUGAAGUACUAUUCAGCAGCUGAGGCUGGUAUUCCAGUUGUUGCCAUCCCUCCUGGGCAGAGGUAUCUUGUUGCUAAUGGCAACAAGUGUUGCUCUUUUUGCAGCCCAUGGGGCAGGGACAUACUCUAUUGCUCCUGGGGGACUUCAGGGGCUAGGAUCUCAGUCCAUUUUCUCAAAAUACUUACCAAAGAGAGCGGGGUCCAACAUGAAGCAUAGUCUCAACAAGGCAAAGUGAGUAGCACAGAGUGCAAGCAGGGGAAUCAGUAGCUAAAGACCUACAUUAUUUCCAGCAACCAGGAGACUGGACUUCAUACAAUGCAUGAAUAUGUACUUUCAGUUUCAACACACCUUCUGCUUGGUUUCUGCUAGUAAAGCCAAAGGAGCAGACCAGAUGUGCAUGUGUUUAAGGAGCAUAGGAGCAUGUGAAGCAGAUGCUUUCCCACUGAACUACAGCUGUUCCCCAUCACCAAAGAGGUGAGGUAGCUCAUAUUUGUAUAGCUCUGUGCUUGGAAGCCCAUCAACAAAGGUAUGAACAGAAAGAGCUCAGGGAAAGCAAAAGUUUGUUGUGCAUACAGAGAUCUAUAAUUCUAAUAUUCUAUCCACAAAACAUCACUUAUUACAAACAUUGCAAAUAAAUUUUAUUCUAGCAAAGUUUUCCCAUGAGUGAAAGAACAAGGGAGUCUGCACUGGCCUAACUUUCCUCAACUAUUCUUGGGCAUAAAGGUGGGGUAUGUGGCUUGCAGUAGGUAUGUGACUUGCAGAGCUCAAAUAUACUCGUAUAGCAAGCUUUUCCAACCUGGUGCUCUCCAGACAUUUUGGGGACUACAGCUGCUAGGAGAUCCAGACAACACAAAAUGUCAGGACAGCACCAGUUGUUGUUGUUGUUAUUAUUAUUAUUAUUAUUAUUAUUAAUUUGUAUACUGCCCUACAUCUGAAGGCUGCAGGGUAGUUCCCAACAUAGAAAUGCAAAAUGAAAACACAAAAUACAUAACAAAACAAAAACAAACCAAUAACCUUCCUUCCUCAUAUAAUUAGCAUAUAUAAAUCUGAAACAAAUUUUAUCCUUUUACUUGGGGGGUGAAGUUCCUAUUUUUUGGAGCUUCUUUCAAGUAGCUACCCUGUUUAUACCAGUUUGAGGAAGGCUACACUACAGGAGUCAAGUCUUGCUGACUACAACCCAGACCACCAUCUUGGGGAAGCUGUUUAAUCAUAUAUACCUAAAAUCAACUCCCUUCCCUGAAAUUUCUAGUAUCUUCUUAAUAUGUUAUUUAACCAACUUUGAACCAUCUAAUACUUCUAUACUACUAUCAUUACAGCCAACUUUAUUUAUACCUAAUAGCUCCUGAAAUUUCCUUAUCAAAUUGAAUUCAUUAGAUUUAUGAUUAUCUUUCCAUUUUCUGGCAUAUAGCAUCCUAACCAUUAUUAAAUACACAGACACUGGGUCUGAUGAAUAGAUUUUGUUUUUCCAAUAAUUGAACAGAAACAAGAGGCAAUCUAAAAAGACUCCUGUUCUAAAACAUUUCUCUAAUAAUAUUGGCAGGCGGCAGCCGUGACCGAUUGUUCCUUCAUCUUAGUUCACUCCCACCACAAAUAAAUAAAAACCUCUUAGUCCUCAGGCUGGCCUGCUCCCAUUCCUGCCUCAUGAUUUACAGGAAUUCUCAUUUUUUGGAGAAUUAAUCCUUAAUUUUUAACUAACUACUGCCUGCAGCCAACCAAUGAGAUAUAAAUAAACCCCUUUUUCCCUCCCCCAUGAUCCACUCAGAAAGUAGAUAAGGUAUGUCACAACAGUUGGGCCAUAUCGCUUGAAGAAUUCCCAACAGAGAAGGUAAUUUCUUGAACUCUUUCUUUUCUACUUGAGAAGUACUUCUGUCCUCGGCCUUCCCCUCCUUUGACAGUUUUCUUAUUUCACCACAUCUUCUAAUGAUUUCCUCUCAAGCCAGGGAAACUAGGGAGCUGGAAUUCCCCUGAAGUCCGUGAAUCUAAUGUUUUCUUUAGGCACGUGAUCCGAGAUUGCGAAAAAUGGGAGAGAGGAGCCUGCAAGCAGCCAGAGAAGGGGGGCAAGGAGAGGAAGCAGCUGACUGGAGCAGAUAUUCUUCAGAAAUUUCUCCAGUGAGGAGCUGUGUUAGUCCCAUGCAGGGAGCAAGUGCAUUCAUCUUCUUUGGGGAUUAAAUUCAAGUGUCUUUCUUUGGCAGGAUUUCUGCCACCAUGAAGAUCUGGCUGAUCCUCCUAGGCCUGGCCGCAACUCUGAUACCAAGCUUCUCACAGGUGAGUAGCAGAGGUGUAAGCAACACAGAAAGAGAUUGGACUAGAUGACAUCUUAGGUUACCUUCCAGUCAGGGCCAGCCCUGCUCCCUAAUAUUAGGCAGAGUGGUUUGGAGUGCCAUGAAAAGCAGGAGAGGGCUUAUUUAUUUAACAACUUAUUAGUGCAUUUUUGAUGCCAGGAAAGGGAGGGCUCCUUGUGGGAUGUUCUGCCUCAGGUGCCAAAACAACUUGCCCAGUCUUGGGUAGUUAUUUAUACAGCUUGACUUGGGGCGGAGAGGAGGCAACAUUCGUUGUUCGGUUUCAAGCAGCCAAAUAUCUUCAGCUGGCCUUCUUUCCAGCUCUGCUGUUCUGUUAUUACAUACCCCUCCCCAGCUUCAGAAAGAUCCCUACAAAAGACAACAGCAAGCCAGGAAGAGGCAAUGGCUGUGUUAUUUAUUUUAAUUGAUUUAUUUAAUUUAUAUACCACCCUAUUCCCGGAGGUCUCAGGGCAGUUCACUGAACAAAAUCAAAAUGUAAAACCACAAAAUAUAUAAUCAAAACAAAAACCACAGCCCAAUAACCCCCCCCAAAACCCCCAUGUUUUAAAAGGGUAUAGAAUGCCCACUCUGGGCUCUGAUCCUGCCCACUGUCAGCUUCAGUCCUGUCCACCACGGACAUGUAGAAACCCCAGACAGUUUACUCCCUGAGGAAAUGUGGCCUUUGACAAAAUAUUGUCCACCCCUGUCCUAAAUGAUCCACAGCAUGCUUAUUUGAAAGUUCAUUCCCCUCAAAGUGCAGAGGACUUGCUUUAGAGAGAAUAUGUUCAGGAAGAGGAGGGUAAUGGGAAGUACUGUUAGUUCUCCUUUAGAAAUCUAACAUGCAGGACAAAGCUGCACCUUUGAAAUGCACUCUGCCCGGCCCUUGCCUCCCCCACCUGCCUGGCCUGCACUACUUUGUUUUGGUUAUAGUCCUUCUACUGGUUGCAGAGGGCUUCUGACCUGGACACAUAUCAGUCUCAAGGAGCGCUGGAGUCAUGCCAAGAUGCAGACUGGGAGAUUCCUGGUUCACACCUUACCUAACAUUACCACUGUUACUUCCUGGUUUUCAAGUUGCAUUUGGAACAACUAACUCUCAAAACCUAUAGCCUGUUGUGGGAAUCUGUCGUUGCUACAGGUGUGUCCAGCAGGGCCCCAGGACAGUUUAGGGUCCACAUUCAGACUGCAGUGCUGAACCAUCUGCCAGCAGGCUCCUCCUUGUCCUGCUUAUUUUAACACAUGGGAUGCUGAAGCCAAUGAGAGCAGCAAAGCUAUGGGAGUCUUUCAGUGGCUUCUGGAGAAUCGGUGGUGCUCCCUGUUCCCAGAGUUUAUGGCACCUUUAUGCCUCUUGAAAGGGCCCUCUCCAAACUCUAUGAAAAUCAACAUGCACAUGCUCAGGUUUGGGGUUAUUUUUAAAGCCAUAUUAUUUUAAGGCUCCAUUGACAACCUCAGUGCUGCAAUGAGGAGGAACGUAUGUGAAGGAAAUACAAGGCAGCCUGGCUGGUGGAACACUGAGUGGACAGCACCUGCCUUCCCAAGAUCCUUCUCCCAUCCAAGUUUCUCCUUUCAAGUAGGAGGCAAGGAGAACUGGGCUCUGUUGCCUGGGCAGGAAAAUAAGCCCAAGAUUCAGAUUCUGCUUUCUUUUGAGGCAGUGGGGAAUGGAGGGCAUUGAGGGUUAAUUGGAGAGGGGCUCCUCUAGGGCAGAUUUGGGGUCAGAAAUUAAUUGUAAAUUAAUCAACUGAAGGGUCAUCAGGGUGGGUAAUUGAUGGUAAGUAAAUUUACUGAAGGGGCAUUGAUUUGAAUGGGAAGUUAGCUGACCUGCCUUCAUUGGUGUGGGUGUUAUGCUGAGGCAGGAAAAUGUGUGGUCAGGGGAGUGUUUGGGUGCUCAGAUCUCAUUUUUUUGCAUUGUAGUCUCUCGGGAAGGUUACUUGUCUCCAAGCACCAUCAGUGCUUCUGCGACCUGGGUGUCCCCUUGCAGCAGAAAAAUGUAGGAUUCAAGUGUGGUUUGGUGUUUUGGGGUCUCUGACCCAACCUCUGCUUUGCACUCAGGUUCUUGGGCAGGCUAGUCUCUAAGCACCACCAGUUUGCCUUCUGUGAAAUGGGUGCUUUUGGGUUGCAGUAUCAGGGUCAAAUAUGUGGUUUGGUAUUUAGGACUCAGAUCUAACCUCUGCCUUGUAUUUGCUUUGUGGUCUUGGACACUUGUCUCAAUCUAGUCCAAUGUGUUCUCUCUCUCUCUCUCUCUCUCUCUCUCUCUCUGUGUGUGUGUGUGUGUGUGUGUGUGUGUGUGUGUGGCUGUGGACAGUCAAAGCCGUAUGGGAACCUUAAAAGUAGGACAUGAGGACAGCAGUACUACUUCCUUGUUAAUUCUCCUGCGUUUAGUAUUGAAAGAGAGAGAGAAAGAUUGGGAGGGGGGCAUGUUAUGAUGUGGUAUGAGCCGCAUCUGUGUACAUGAAAAAGAGAGGAAGGCUGUGUGUGUUGUCAUCUCCUGGGCUUACCCCAUCUCAGAUAGCUGCAUGCUUUCAAUGACAUCUUCUAUACGUUUAAUUCCUUCAUCAUAUUUGUCGGGGUAGAUAACAAGAUCCGUCAGUGGGCCUGCCUACCUGUCCAUCACCUGACAUCACAAACUCCACUGCAUCCAGGUCUUUUGCGUGGGGUUAACAGGUGACAAUCCCCUUUUGGCCCAGCCAUGUCUUUACCUGCCCCGCAUCCAACAUCAUAUACGAUGCUACAUGUUUGGACUACUAGUCCAAAUAAACACGUUUGAAUUUUAGCUGCCAAUCUCUGUUAAAUUCAGUUGUGGGCAGCAGAAUGGGAUGGCGGCACUCACAUGAGCUCCAGUCUCCCACAUCACUGCUACAUGCCAGAAGGGAUAGUGGAAGGGGGCAGGUGGUGGCGAGGCUGGUAUGGCACAGAUGCAGUCCAGUGCUCCUAAGUGUGAGCUGAGGCAUUGAUCCAACAAGCUCAGUGUCUCCUCCUUCUUCCUUUUGAAGACUGGGGAAGGCCCAAACCUUAGCACGGACAACGACAGGCCUUUCUGCUCUGGGCAAACAAACAAGAACUUCUGUGAGUGGGCUGGGCUUGUGAUAUUUGUUCAUGUUGGCGCCAGCACCUCUAUGUCCUUGGUGCAGGAGUGCAGUUUCAGUAUCUGACGUACUCUCAGGCAUCUCCCCUGAGGAGUGUCUUUACAGACAGGAAUGACGGGAAAAGCUGGCGGCAGCAGCUCUUUAGGAGGUGCCUGACUAGACGUAUCCAAUAUCUCAGGGGGAGGACACCACUCCAACAACCACUUGAAACUUACCCAGGAUCCAGCUCUUGACUCUCUUGGUCACUGUCCCCCGUGUGUCAGCCCUGCCACCUCUUGAGGCUCCAGUUUCACCUCCCUCACCCCACCUGAGCCCUUCCUCAAGUCACCCAGUUUCUCCCACCUUUUCAGUGCAAUUAUUUGUCCACCUGCUCUAGAACCCAACACAGUUUCUGAUUAAAAGAAUGAAGCACAUUUGUUGGUCAUGAUAAACCAGAGAACAAAGACUUUCCUAAUGGGGAUUUAUUUCUCUGUGACUUCUUGCAACAAGGAGGUGCCAGAAAAGAGCAUAAGAGAAGCUGAGAAUGACGGACCUGAGCUGACCCAGACCACAAACAAUGGCGGAUGGAAUUGGCCCUGGAAUAUCUUUGGACAGGUGUGCUUGUUAAUCUGAAUUAGAAUGGGAAUUAGGUCCUUUAUCCUUAACCCCUUGUUCCCAAGAGAACAAAGACUUUCCUAAUGGGGAUUUAUUUCUCCUUGACUUCUUGGAACAAGGAGGUGCCAGAAAAGAGCAUAAGAGAAGCUGAGAAUGACGGACCUGAGCUGACCCAGACCACAAACAAUGGCGGAUGGAAUUGGCCCUGGAAUAUCUUCGGACAGGUGUGCUUGUUAAUCUGAAUUAGAAUGGGAAUUAGGUCCUUUAUCCUUAACCCCUUGUUCCCAAGAGAACAAAGACUUUCCUAAUGGGGAUUUAUUUCUCCUUGACUUCUUGGAACAAGGAGGUGCCAGAAAAGAGCAUAAGAGAAGCUGAGAAUGACGGACCUGAGCCGACUCAGCCCACAAACAAUGGCAGAUGGAAUUGGUUCAGGAAUAUCUUCAGACAGGUGUGCUUGUUAAUCUGGAGUAGAAUGGGAAUUAGGUCCUUUAUCCUUAACCCCUUGUUCCGAAGAGAACAAAGACUUUCCUAAUGGGGAUUUAUUUCUCUGUGACUUCUUGCAACAAGGAGGUGCCAGAAAAGAGCAUAAGAGAAGCUGAGAAUGACGGACCUGAACCGACUCAGACCACAAACAAUGGCGGAUGGAAUUGGCCCUGGAAUAUCUUCGGACAGGUGUGCUUGUUAAUCUGGAUUAGAAUGGGAAUUAGGAAUUAUAGAUCAUCUCCCAGAAAGCCUUAAUCCUUGGGCAUGUCCACCAAAGGUGAAAGAAUGUACCUUCAGUUUCUUUACAUUUCCAACAUUUAUUAUCGGGCAAAUGAUAGAUUUUUGCAAGCUUGACUGGUGUCAUGUACCACCUGUAUAUCAUUUUCAUAAUAUUCUCUCUUAAGGCAUUACAUGCCGUAAACUUCAUACCUGUGGUCCAUAACUGUUCCCAGUCAGCCAUCAUUAUGUUAUGUCCAACAUCUUGUGCCCAUUUAAUCAUAGCAGAUUUCACCGUUUCAUCCUGAGUAUUCCAUUUCAACAGCAAGUUAUACAUCUUUGACAAAAUCUUAGUUUUGGGUUCUAACAGUUCUGUUUCUAAUUUUGAUUUUUCCACCUGGAAGCCAAUUUUCUUGUCCAAAUUGUAUGCCUCCAUUAUCUGAUAAUAAUGAAGCCAAUCUCGCACUUUGUUUUUAGUUUCUCAAAACACUGCAGUUUCAAUCUAUCUCCCUCUUGUUCCAGAAUUUCCCAAUAUUUCGGCCAUUUGGCCUCCAUAUUGAGCUUUUUCUGAGCUUUCGCUUCCAUCGGUGACAGCCACCUUGGGGUUUUGUUUUCCAAUAGGUCCUUAUAUCUUAUCCAGACAUUAAACAAUGCUUUCCUGACAAUAUGAUUUUUAAAUGCUUUAUGUGCUUUGACCUUAUCAUACCACAAAUAUGCAUGCCAUCCAAAUACAUUAUUAAAACCUUCUAAAUCCAAAAUGUCUGUGUUUUCAAGAAGCAGCCAUUCUUUCAGCCAGCAAAAGCUGCUGAUUCAUAAUAAAGUUUAAGGUCUGGCAGGGCAAAUCCACCUCUUUCCUUUACAUCCAUUAGUAUUUUAAAUUUUAUUCUAGGCUUCUUGCCCUGCCAGACAAAUCUAGAGAUAUCUCUCUGCCACUUCUUGAAGCAAUCCAUUUUGUCCAAAAUUUGCAAUGUUUGAAACAGAAACAACAUUCUAGGCAAUACAUUCAUUUUUAUCGCAGCAAUACGGCCUAGCAGUGAAAGCUUCAAAUUUGACCAAAUUUCUAAAUCUUUUUUCACUUCAGCCCAGCAUUUUUCAUAAUUGUCUUUAAAUAGAUUCCCAUUUUUAGCUGUAAUGUUAAUCCCCAGGUAUUUCACUUUCUUAACCACUGUUAAACCUGUCUCAUUCUGAAACCUCUCUCUCUCUGUCACUGUUAAAUUUUUCUCUAAGACCUUUGUUUUUAACUUAUUCAGUUUAAAUCCUGCAACCUGACCAAAUUCUUGAAUCAGUUCCAAAACCCUUUUAGUACUAGAUUCUGGCUCCUGUAAUGUCAAUACUAAAUCAUCUGCAAAUGCUCUCAAUUUGUACUGUUUAGCUCCGACUUGUAUACCUUUAACCAAUUGGUCCCUUCUAAUCAUAUUCAGCAGGACCUCCAGGACCGAUAUAAAAAGCAAUGGGGAGAUUGGGCAACCUUGUCGUGUCCCUUUUUCUAUCUUAAAUUCCUCCGUCACCACGUUAUUUACAAUUAAUUUAGCCUUUUGUUCUGAAUAAAUUGCACUUAUACCGUUUUCAAAGCCUUGGCCUACCCCCAUCCCCUGUAGGUUCUUCUUCAUGAAACUCCAAGAAAUGUUGUCAAAAGCUUUCUACGCGUCCACAAAUAUCAAAAUUGCCUUAGUGUUUAUAUUCACUUGUAAUUUUUCUAAAAUAUUGAUUAUGUUUCUCACAUUAUCAGACAAAUGUCUACCCGGGAGAAAGCCUGCUUGAUCUUUAUGUAUCUCUUCCACUAGCACUCUUUUUAGUCUUUUAGCCAAAAUGUCUGCAAAGAUUUUAUAAUCCACAUUGAGCAGUGAUAUGGGGCGGUAGUUCUUAAGCUGCGUCUUUUCAGUCUCUGUUUUCGGUACAAGUGUAAUAUACGCUUCUUUCCACGACUCUGGUGCCCUUUUCCCACCCAUUAUUUCGUUACAGACUUCCUUUAAAGGUUGUACUAACCAUUCUUUUAAGGAUCUGUAGUAUCUAGAAGUCAGUCCAUCCGGUCCUGGAGAUUUACCUAGUUGCAUAUUCUGAAUGGCACCUUCUACCUCCUGUUCAGUUAUUUUAUAGUUCAGCAUUAAUUUAUUUUCUUGAGAGAUUUUUUUGUAAUCCAUUUGUUUUCAAAAAUCGGUCUACAUCAAUUUCUUUCUGUGGCCCUUGUGUAUAUAGUUGUUUAAAGUACCUCUGGAAACAAUUUCUAAUCUCAGCUGGGUUCUGUAUAUUCCUUCCUUCCACUUCUAAAUUUGUAACAGUAUUUAGUUUUUGUCUUUUUUUCAUUUGCCAAGCCAACAAUUUCCCACAUUUAUUUGCCGACUCAAAUGUCUUUUGUCUCAUUUGUUUAAUUUUCCAUUCUAUCUCCUGAUUCAUCAUUUUCAUGUAUUGUACUUGAUGUAACUUUAUUUCUCUCAAAAUCUCUUGCGACUUUGGUUUUGCUCUCAAUUUCUUUUCACUUUCCUUUAUUUUCUCCAAUAUUUUAUCCUUCUUCUCAUUUUGGAUUCUCUUCUUUAAUGCAUUCUGUUGUAUCAAGAACCCUCUCAUAACAGCUUUGCUUGCGUCCCAGAUUACUCUUUUUUCAACAUUGGUGUUCAUAUUUAUCUCGAAAUAGUCUCUCAAGGUUUUUGGGGCCUUCUUAAUCACUUCUUCAUCUCUAAAUAAGGCGUCAUUCAUCCUCCAUCUGAAGGAACCAGUUGGUGUUAGUUUCAUCUCCAUCUUCACAGCAUUGUGGUCGGAGCAGGUUUUUGGGCAAAUUUCCACUUUUCUUGUCUUUGGUGCCAUUCCUCUAGUUACCCAUAUUUGGUCAAUUCUUGUCCAUGUCAGUUUGGCUUCAGAGAAGAAGGUUCCCUCUCUGGCCAAGGGAUUCUUUGUUCUCCAAAUAUCAACUAAGUCCAAGUUGUCUGUCAUCUCAAAAAAGGUUUUCGGUAGUCUGCCAUCCUUAGUGACUACCUGUCUUUGUGCCUUGUCCAUAUGUGUAGAUACCACUCCAGUCAUAUCUCCCAUCAAAAUCACAUUAUAGUCCAAAUAGUCCAUCAAGGUCUCAUGCAACUUUUUAAAGAAUUCAGAUUUUCCCUCAUUUGGUGCAUAAACUCCUACUAUUAAGAAUUUCUCUCCUUGUAUUUGAAUUUCAAUUGCCACAAACCUUCCUUGGUCAUCUUUGAAGAUAAAUUUCGGUAAUAGUCUCUCCUUUGCAUAAAUCACUACUCCUCUUUUUUUAACUUUAUCUGAAGAAAUAAACUCCUGGCCCAGUCUUUUAUUGAUCAGUACUUUCCUGUGUAGCCUUGUUACAUGUGUUUCCUGUAAACAAAUCAAGUCCAAUUGUUCCUUUUUUAAUAAAUGAAACACAGUUUUCCUUUUCUGAGGGGAGUUGAGACCAUUACAAUUCCAACUUAAUAGUUGCAGAGCCAUGAUGUAGUUACUUUACUUCUCCUCCAACUGCACCAAGUGCCUGUUCCUGCUCUGUCGGUGGUAUCACCUUCUCCAGGCGGUCUUUUAAAUCAAAAGGUAGUCUUGCUAUGUCUAAAAUUCCUCUUUCUAGUGUUCUUAACUCUUCUCCAACUUCUUUCUGCAGGUCUUCUCCGUGGUCUCUCAAAAAUCUUUCUUUGUCGUCCACUGAUCUUAUUUUUAUCUUUCUUCCUUUAAAGCUAAAGGAAAGGCCUUGGGGGAAUUCCCACCUAAAGAUAAUUCUGUUGCUUCUCAGCAGGGCAACCAAAUCUCUAUAACUGGACCUAAGGUCCAAAAGAUAUUUCGGAAUGUCCUUGAAUAUCUCCACUUUUGACUGAUGUAUUUCCAAGGUCUUCUGGAAGUGCAGACUCAAGAUUUUGUCUCUCUCCUCUUUUGUUCGGAGGGUGAUCAAACAGUCUCUCACCCUGUUCUUCUUCCCUCCUCUUCCAAGUCUGAAAGCACUCACUAUCUUAAAGUUUUCCUUCUCCAAAUCUGGGUUCCAGAAGUCUACAAAUUCCUGCGUGAGAAAGUCAGUCAGGUUGUCUUUCUCAAGUUCAGGUACGGCCCUGAUCCUCAAAUUCGUUUGCUUCUCCUUCAAUUCAAUCAUAGACAAUAUUGACCUGUGGUCAUCAAGUUGCUUGUGUAUCGGUGGUAUCUUCUCUUCUACAGCAACUGCUAUUUCCUUUGCUUCUUCAGCUGUCUUUCGGGUCAAAGUAGAUUCAUUCCAGAGGUCCAUUCUUAACCUGAAACUGUUCUUAACCUGAGGUACCACUUUAGCUGGGACGCGGGUGGUGCUGUGGGUAAAACCUCAGCGCCUAGGGCUUGCCGAUUGCAUGGUCGGAGGUUUGAAUCCCUGCGGCGGGGUGAGCUCCCGUCUUUCGGUCCCAGCUCCUGCCCACCUAGCAGUUCGAAAGCACCCCUAAGUGCAAGUAGAUAAAUAGGUACCGCUUUAUAGCGGGAAGGUAAACGGCGUUUCCGUGUGCUGCGCUGGUGCUGGAUCACCAGAGCAGCUUCAUCAUGCUGGCCACAUGACCCGGAAGUGUCUCCGGACAGCGCUGGCCUCCGGCCUCUUAAGUGAGAUGGGCGCACAACCCUAGAGUCGGACACGACUGGCCCGUAUGGGCAGGGGUACCUUUACCUUUACCUUUACCACUUUAGCUAAUGGGGCCUCCCACUGCCACUGCGCCACCGUUGUGCGAUUUCUGUUCUCAUCCUGAAGCAAAGUUCUUAACCCGAGGUACUAUUUCUGGGUUAGUGGAGUCUGUAACCUGAAGCAUCUGUAACCUGAAGCGUCUGUAACCCGAGGUACCACUGUAUUCUGUUGGAAGCUGGCCAGAGUGGAUGGGGCAUCCCAGUCAGAUAGGCAGGGUGUAAGUAAUAUUCAAGCUGGUGGCCAUCACUGGCUCCUGGGUGUCAUGAGCCCUGUGGAGAUGUCAUGGAAGGGAUAGUCAGAUCCUGAGGAGAGAGUGAGAGGUUGAUGGCUCAGAGGAGGAUCCUAGCAGGUUGGGGGAGGUGAAAUUGGGCCUCCAAAAAAUGUCUGAGCCAGAAGAGGGGGCCAGUGAUCAAGAGAGUCAGGAGCUGGAUCCUGGGAAGAGUCCAAGCAGGUUGACAGAGAGGUGUUACACCCCUGUGUUAUCAGACACCUCUAGUCAUGAACUCCCUAAAGUGUAGCCACCACCUCCUCCUCCUGUCAGUUAGAAAACUCUUCCUUCUGGGGAGGUCCUUACAGUAAGUUGGAUACUGAGCCAGCACUGACUCCACCUCCAUCUCCCAGCACAUGGAGACACCAGUGCCAGCAUGAACAAACCUCACAGGUCCAACUCACUUGGAGGAAUUCCUAUUUGCUUGCCUAGUCCUGAGAUGUGUGUUGCUUUCCACCCUAAGGGCUAUGCUUACCCUGUUUUCAAAAAGAAGAUGGAUGUGUGUGUGUCUCUUCUUGGAUAAUCUCAGCUCAUUCUUAGCCAUGUAAUUCAUCUGCUGUGUUUUUUUAAACUUUGCCUUCCUACCGCUCAGUUUUAUGCAUUCUGAGUCCAAGUUCAAGUUCAUCAUCCAGCAGUGAGGUCCAGGACACUGUAGGAGCAAAUUCCGUAAUGAAAAAGUACUUUCUUUUAUCUGCCCUGAAUCUGCCAACGUUCAGCUUGGCUAUAUGUCUAUGAGUUCUAGUGUUACCAGAGAGGGAAAGAAAUAUUUCUCCAUACCAUGCAUAAUAAUAUUAUAAACUUCUAUCAUGCUACCUCUUACUCACCUUUUCUCCAAACUAAAAAGUCCUGGAAGCUGCAAUGUUUCUUCAGACUGGAGUCACUCCAUCUCCUUGAUCAUUUCAGUUGCCCUUUUCUGAACCUUUUCCAAGUCAACAGUAUCCUUUUCGAGGAGAGGGGACCAGAAUGGUACAUGGUAUUCCAAAUGAAGUCACACCACAGAUUUCUAUAAUGACAUUGUGCUAUAAACAUUUUUAUUUUCAUUUCAUUUCCUAAUGAUCCCCAGCAUGGAAUUUCCCCCUUUUUCACAGCUGCCGAACUUUCGGCAGACAUCUUCAUCAAGCAAUCCACUGCAACCUCAAGCACAUUGUCCUUCCUUUCAGGGUCCUGAGGUUACGGAAGAGCCAACCCGGGCCACGAGAAGCAGCAACAACAAGGAAACUGGAACAUGGCGCCGCUUCAGCAAGUUCUAUAACGUUCAGGACUCUCAGGUGUGACUAUUAAUCCUACGAAUAUUUGGAAGUGGCCUUUUGCUGGGAAUUACUUCUUUCGCCUUUGCUUCCUGUUUAGUUUAGAUUUUAGUUGUUGUCUGAGAAUGCUAAUCGGGAUUUUUUGUGUGUGUGUGUGCUUUGCAUUAGAGAUUUGUACCUUAGUUAUUGAAUUUUAACACUCAGCUUUCUAGUCUCUCUCAGCUGUACUCUUACAUAUCUUUUCAGUAAUUAAUCUAAAUGCCAUGAGCAUGAUUAAGGUACGUCUGGGGUAGCUCUGAUAUACAACUCCACCACCACAAUCUCCAACAAAAGACAAGAGUGCCCUGGCUGCUAAAGCUGAUCCAGAUUCUAUUUCUAUUUGAAUAAGAAGCACAUUUAUUAGUUGCAACACCCAAAAGAACAUUGAUUUAUGGUCUAAGUAUUGUUGUGAGUUGGGGUGUGUGUGUGUGUGUGUGUGUGUGUGUGUGUAUGAUGCCUUUAGUCCCUUCCAACUCCUGGGGUCCUGUAUCCAUUAAGGGUUAGCUCUGAUAUAAUUAUUAUAAUAAUAAUAUUAAUUUAUUAUUUAUACCCGCCCAUCUGGCUGGGCUUCCCCAGCCACUCUGGGCGGGUUCCAACCUAAUAUUAAAAUACAGAAAUACAUCAAACAUUAAAAGCUUCCCUAAACAGGGCUGCCUUCAUAUGUCUUCUAAAAGUUUGGUAGUUGUUUUUCUCUUUGACAUCUGGUGGGAGGGCGUGCCACUACUGAGAAGGCCUUCUGCCUGGUUCCCUGUAACUUGACUUCUCGCAGCGAGGGAACCGCCAGAAGGCCCUCGGCACUGGACCUCAGUGUCCGGGAUGAAUGAUGAGGAUGGAGACACUCCUUCAGGUAUACAGGACCAAGGCCAUUUAGGGCUUUAAAGGUCAGCACCAACACUUUGAAUUGUGCUCAGAAACGUUCUGGGAGCCAAUGCAGAUCUCUCAGGAGUGGUGUUAUGUGGUCCCAGCAGCCACUCCCAGUCCCCAGUCUAGCUGCCGCAUUCUGGAUUAAUUGCAGUUUCCGGGUCACCUUCAAAGGUAGCCCCAUGUAGAGCGCAUUGCAGUAGUCCAAGCUGUUCUGUUCUAACUAGCCAACUGUAACAUAAUGGCCUUAGCUUAAGUACACUCAUUAGUAUUACCAAAGAAGCUGCUCACUGCCUAGGGCAAAUGGAUGGGCCUUUCCCUUUCCACCUGGCUGGUGGUUAGAAGAACAAUGCAAGAGUAGUUGUGUGAGAGCUGAGCAAGAAGGUAGAGAGACAGAGACAUGUUUCAGAUACAUGUUUGCUUGGUGCUGGGCUCUGGGGCUCACCUGGGAACCUAAUGAGGAAGCAAGAUCAGUUAGGGAGUUAAUGCUGUGAGCCCCUCCCCCUGCCCCAUCUUCGGCUCUGCUGGCCUUCAAUCCAAGGAAACCAAAACCUGGGCAAGCACCCACCCUGGAAUGCCUAGAAUUGCCCUCUGCUCGGAGAUUGAGAUAGCAUGUAACAGUACAAUAGUGAUUUUGAACACGUUUUGUAUAGUGUCGAACUAAGCUACACAGCUGUGGGCAGCGUGUGGCAGCUCCAUCAACCCUGGUGCCUGCCAGUAAAAGCAACCUUAGAGGGUGGAACUAGGGGGAUGCCAGCAGGUUCCAAGAACCCUCUUUUUGGGGAGAUUUUGGGGGUGAUUUGUGAGUUUGUUUGGGCCCUGGGUGAGAGUGAGGGUGGAUGGGGGGAGUCCUGGGUAAGAGUCAGGAAGCUGAGAGGUGCUGUGUGGGGAGCUGUGUCGAAACAAGGGAAGAAUAGAUUUAUUAGUAAUUUGUAUUAAUAUUGCAUUGUGUAUUUUUGUCACAUUUGUUGUUGUUUUAGCUUCCUGUAUACCUCUUAGACAUAUUUUUAUAUAUCAAGCAGUAUUUGAAAUGGCAUUUUUAAUCAUCAUCUAUUAUGGUAUAUUGCUAACACUAUCUGACAGGGGAUUCCAGUUGAAAAUGAAGAUAAUGCUACAGUGACGCUGGAAGAAGGAGGCGAGAGAGAAAACGAAGGGAGCCAUGAGCAAAAGGAAGCUACUCAUUUGGAAGUUGCAUCUAACAAAAGAGAUGGGGAAGCAGAGGGCAAUGAAUGUAAACAGUCAAGAGUCUCUGAGGUUGGUGUCAAGGAAUGUCUGGAUGACCCAGAGAUGCCUGCUGGGACCACAAACACAACAGAGCCAGCCACAAGAAUACCAACAACAGCAGAGGCAACGGCAAGUACCCCUUGCACAUCCAAACAGUGCCAGCCACGCAUUAAUCCAUGGGCCACGUGCGCUCGUGCCACUACAGAGGAUGAAAAGAAGUUGUUUGAGGCUCUAACUGAAUUUUCUGUGGAGUUCUAUAAAGCAGCAAUCCUACAUGAGAAGCCUGGCUCUAACUUGAUCUUUUCACCCUUCAGUGUCGCAGUGAUGCUCUCCAACCUAUUGUUGGGUAAGGCCAUACCUACUUUCAGGUGUGCACAUCAUCACUUCAGGCUUAAGACCUCUGCAUCUGAAAUAAUCUCUAUGUAGAAAAACGGGCAUAUAUCAAGAUGUACAAAGUACAGCAUGAUUGCUCCUCUGGCAAUGAGCAACUGCAGCACAUGCCAGCCACGUGAUUUAAUGUUAUUAUUAUUUCCCUAAAUGGUGUUCCCAGAGCUUCAGCAUGUCCUUUCCUUUUAAGCUUCACCUGGUGGAUCUCCAGCCCCUCAUAUAUUAUCAUUUAUUCAAUUUAUUUUUUCCCCUUUCCUCCUUACCUGCUCCAUCACUCAAACCAAAAGUGCCAGCGUGUAUUACAAAAAGCAACAAUGAAUGCCUUAGCUCAGCACAGCUUGGCAAAUGCUUCCUUGGGUCAGUGACAGGUCAGGGCUAGAGGGGACAUAACCAAUGGUCAGCACCCCACUUUCCCUUGAGUCACCCUGCUCUCUUCCUGGUCCUGUUGGUGUUGUGGGGCGGGUUGUCACUCACUUCUUAAUAAAUUCCUCACCAAACUAAGGGAAGCCAUGGCCUAUGCAAUGACAGAUAUCUGCUCCUCACAACCCUGACUUUGCCAUCCAGGCACCUGCAAUCAAACCAAGGACCGUCUUGAGAGGCUGCUCUUUUAUCCUGAAGGAUUCACAUGUGUCCAUAGAGCACUAGAGAGUCUCCAGAAAUCAGAGGCCUUGACCUCCGCCAAUGCAAUGUUUUUCCAACCAGGUGAGUAAACUACCAGAUUCAAGAUUCCCAUACACCGUCUUUUCCCAUGCACCAUCUUCUCUCAGGUAAGAUCUUAUUCACACUGACAGAUGUGUGUCUCAAAACAGAAAACAUCUGUGGAAAUUGGUUUUAUAGCUGUGGAACAUAGCUGAAAUGUUCUCCAUAUUCUCCAUUUAUGGAUUAUAGCUGAAUUAAAGGGAUGUGGGUGGUGCUGUGGUCUAAACCACUGAGCCUCUUUGACUUGCUGAUCAGAAGGUUGAUGGUUUGAAUCCGCUCGACAGUGGUUAGCUCCUGUUGCUCUGUCCCAGCUUCUGCCAACCUAGCAGUUCGAAAGCACACCAGUGCAAAUAGAUAAAUAGGUACCGCUGCAGCAGGAAGGUAAAUGGCAUUUCCAUGGGCUCUGGCACUCGUCACAGUGUCCUGUUGUGCCGGAAGUGGUUUAGUCAUGCUGGCCACAUGACCUGGAAACGCCACCUCCCUCAGCCUGAAAAGAGAGAUGAGUGCCACAUCCCAUAGUUGCCUUUGACUGGGCUUAACUGUCCAGGGGUCCUUUAACCGUAUUUUUAACAGCUGAAUUCCCCAAACUGUUUACAUCAGAUAUUCAAUCUCUUGUGGUUACCAGUCUCUGGGCUAAAGCAUCCCCCUACUGCAGUGCUAAUAAGCUUGAUUUAAGUCUGUCCUGAUGCACACCUCAACCCUGCAAUAUGAAGUAUGGCGGUAGAGCAGAAAUAAUGAACAUUCAUGAGACCAGGAGGUUGUAAUAGAUGGAUCUGUGAGCAGGAUCCUAGUUAAUACCUGCUGCUCUUGACCAGAUUUUAGCUACAGGAAAUUAUAUGGCUAGCCAAUUCCUAUGUAACACCCCCACUCACACGAACCUUUAAAAAAAAUCCAUGAGCAUAGAACUUCAUAUUUAAAUUAGUUAUGGUUUUGAACUACCAAUUUAUGCCUUUUAAAUGUAUGGCUGACUGACCUGUGAAAACAUGGUGGGAACAUGUUCAGGAGGGGCAUGUGUGGCAGGGCAAAGCUGCUCUCCUGGCACUGGCAUCGCUACCAGGGCCAUCUUACCCAUAAGUGCUAGGAGUGCGGGGCACCCGGGUGCUGGGCUCUCAGGGGCACCAGGUCGAGAGUCUGGGGCCCGAGAGUCGAGUCCAGGGAAGAGUCCACCCAUCGGUCGGAGCACUGUGACGGGAUCUUCUGCUGUGGGCAGCUUUCCACCCCAACCCUCCUGCCCAGCGUCUGACGGCAGAGUUGUCAUCAAAGUCUUAAGGUGCCACAGGACCAAAGUGAGCGGGCGCUCCGGGUCCCCGGACAGGCUUUCGCAGGCCGUGCGCAGAGGCUUGCCACUUGGGUGCCCAGUGGCCACCAGCCUUAACUUUCCUCCUUCCCUUUCUCUGCCUCCCAAAUUUUAGACGCCUUGCUGGAGACGGAGGGCAACAUGUGAGCAGGGAGGGCAAUGCAGGCGACAAAGAAAUCGAGUCGGCGGAGUCCCUGGCCAUUUCAUUUGAUUUGUAACCCCCUCCCUGUCACCAAUACCCGGCAUCCAACCAAGAUCUGGCCGCAGCAGCUCCGUCCAGAAGGCAAGGGGGGCGCCGGGUGGAUUUUUGCACCCCAGCGCUGCAUAUGCUUAAGACAGCCCUGAUCGCUACUUAGCAGGGUGAGGUUGGGUGAGGUAGGGUAGCAAGAUUGGGGCAGCACAUGUGCACCAGCAUGACCAUUGGAGGUUGUGACAAUGCAGUUGCAACAGUGAGACCACCCUUGACCCCACUACUGCCUUGCACCCAAACCCCAUCCAGAUAAGCAGCAACAGCAAUGCCAGGAAGGCAGCUCUGCAAAAUCACCAUACCUGCCGCUACUGAAAAUGUUCAUGUGUUCCACAGCCAUGAGAGCCAGCUCUGUAAAUACCUGGCAUUUAGCAUGUGUUAAGAAGUCCUCUCAAGAUAAUCCACAAGAGCAAGAAGUAUGUCUUAAGGGAGUAUUUUUCUGUCUCUGGUUUUUUUUUCAUGAGCAGCUCUCCCCUUGGAAAAUGAUUUCCGCAACCUGACAAGGAUGUUCUACAAAACCAAACUGGCUCACCUUACUAAUAACAGCAACCAGGAUGUGGCGGACAUCAACGGUUGGGUGAGCCAAAGUACCAACAAGAAGAUCAAGAAGAUUGUGAAUGAGCUGGAUUCUGAUGCCAAGAUGAUACUCCUUAAUGCUGUCUACUUCUACUGUAAGUAGGAAGGUUCUAGGGCCUUCUGUCCCCCAACGUCUGAUCCAGAGAGACUGCUCACUCCAAGCCAGUUUGGCUUCCCUACCCUUUGGCACUCAACUCCUGAAACACUGGUCCCCAGGCAGAUUCCAGUUAGCCCCCUUUCCCCACACCAUGGCAUGUCUCGAGGUUCCACCAUUAUUGAGCUUUUAUAUCACUUUAAAUUUCAAGAGACCUACCAUCGGUUGACUUGUCUCAACAAAAGUCGAUAUAUGAUAUAGAAAUACAAAGCCCACGCCCAAUACAAGUGUGACUGAUGGGAAAGAUGAGGGGCUACAUAUAGCCCCCAUCUUCUAUGAUUCUUAACUGCACAGGGAGCCUGCACUGGUAGAGUGGUCUCCCCACAAGUGGAAGGCAAUGAAGCCAGCAACAGGAAUAUGAUGGUUGAUGCAGGGCAAAUGACUUAUCCGCCCUUAUCCCACACAAUAGUUGGCCUUUCACAAAGGAUGUAGACAUGCUGGGCUCUUGACACUCCUGCAGCCAGAAUCCUCACUGUACUAGCUGGAGAGAGGAAUAUAUAUAUAUAUAUAUAUAUAUAUAUAUAUAUAUGGGGGGAGAGUAGUGUAGAUCCUCCCUGCUCUGUAACAAUUAGUAACAAUGGUGCUUGGAGAGCACAGAUUCAUUCUGGAAGCAGCCAGUAUUUGGCUGGGACAGGCAAGCUGUGACUCUAGGGACAAAACUGUGCUUCAUCAAUGCCAGGUUGUGAAACGUAUAAAGAGGAGUGAGUAGGAAAGUUCAGGGACUUUCUUUAGCAUUACCCUUACAGGUACAAGUUUAGAUUGUGGGUCAAUUAAAUAUGAGGUAUGGUGUCUUUUUCUUUCAGUCUUCAAAAAUGCAUAACUUACUCUGCAACCUGAUGAUAGGGUGGAUUCUCAUGGUACUAGACAUGUGGUCAUCCAACAAAAUUUCUUAGCAGGAGACUCGGGAAAGACAAAAGGAUGUAGUUCUUCAUACAGCACAUAGUUAAACUGUGGAACCCACUGCCACAAGACAUGGGGAUGGAAUAUUUGUGUUUUUGUAGUUUUAACUGUAAACCUCAGUAUGGGAAAAAGUAGCAUAUAAAUGGUGCUGGUGGUGGUGAUAGCCACUAGGCAUAAUGCCUUUAUGUUGUGCUUGUGAGGCUUCCUGGAGGCCUGUGGUUGGCCAAUGUGGAAUGUGUACUUUUUAGUUGGAUUUGAGCAGAGCUCUUCUGGUGUUUAUGCCUCAAUAAACUGAUCCAAGCUCUUCAUCUUUUCAGCCAAGUGGAAGGAAAUGUUUGUAGAGAAAGACACAAAGAAGGCAAAAUUCUACCGCCCAGGCUUAGCUCCCAUCAAUGUUCAAAUGAUGAUGAGUAAGAAAUACCCAAUGGCCUCCUUCAUUGACCACAGCCUGCAGGCUAAGGUAAUGCCUAUGAGGAUUGGGAGAGGCUUACAUUUUCAAUUUCUAAGACCUGGUUCAUACACUCUAGUAAGGAUGGCUUGCAACAAAGAAAGCAAUAUAUUAAAAAAUUAAUUAUUAAUGCAAUGAACAUACCUAUAGAAGCAAAAACUAGUAUCAGCUUGGCUUAAUGUUUAGCACUCCCAUCCAAGAACCUUGGGAAUUGCAGUUCUGAGGUGGUAAGAAUUGCUUUUGUUCCUAGCAAAACUACAGUUUCCAGGUUUCUUAAACUGGUUUCACACUUGCUGAAACUUGCAGUGCAGGAAUGAUCUUAUACCCUCAGCUCCUAAGGCAUUCCUGUUCUUUGGUGGCCCCACCAGCUUGACUAACUUGUGCCUGUCUUGGGUUUCUCCUUGAACAGUUGCUCCUGCUAUUGAACUGGGUCACAUCUGUAAAGACUUAGGCUAGUUUGGUUUGUCAAUUGCUUCUCACAGCUGGUGGAAGUCCCAUAGCAAUUUGUAGAACAGAAAAUAAAACACAAAAAUACAGUUCAAUCAAAUAAGAAUUAAAACAAUACAGAACAAAUAUAUUGCAGUCAUCCAAAAAGUAACCAAAAUACAAAACAUGCACCCCAUAUCCAACAGGAGAAUCAACACCAAACAGGCUUAGUGUUCCUUAUGUAAAUAACCAUUUUAUGAUGUGUGUGUGUGUGUGUGUGUGUGUGUGUGUGUGUGUGUUAACUUUACUCUGCUGAGCCCACACAAAACCCUUUCUUCUUUUCCAAAUAUAAAAGGGAGAGGGGGGAGGAGGAUGAAAAAUGGAAAGCAGCAAAUUAGAGCUAUACCAUACUGGUCUGAAUAUAAGCCACAGUUCCUCCCCAAUUCUGGUUUGUAUAAAACCUAAGUGUGGGAUAGCAAGUCUAAUAUAAGCAACAUGCUUAAGUCUAAUUAAUGCAUGAAAGGUUUAAUGCCAUGGUGGAAGCAGUCCUACCAGGUUUCUUCUAGGUCAUUUCCCCUUGCCUUGGGAGGAAAUAGGUAAGCAAGUCUAUUGUCUCCACCACAUGUGAAGAGGUUUGAGCUGCUUGCUCCAGCUUAGCUGCAUGGCUCUCACCAGCCAAGCCACUCUUGAGUUUCUAUACCAAUAAUUUAGGAACUUUCACCACUGUGUAACUAAGCUAAGCUUUACUGCCUGUGCGACUUUUCUGAAGCUCAUGAAUCUGACCUUUGGAGAGUUUGUAAGUAAAGAAUUUUUUUUACCUUGCCAAACAUGUGGUCUUUUCCUCUGCUGGGGGAAAAGGGGAACUUUGGGAAGAAACUUUUAAGAGUACAUUUUGGAACUCAUUUGGAGGGGCAUAUUUUAAAGGUCCAGCAGCCUAUAUUCCCAUGCUUUAUUUUGCUUCAUAUUUUGUGAUUUUAAAUAUCUGUGGGCGAGUUGCCCCAAACCUGGAUCUUGGGUCCAUGGGGUCACGAAGAGUCAGACACAACUAAAUGACUAAACAGCAACAACAACCAUAUACCAUAUAUAUAUAUAUGUAUAUGGAAACCACAUAGAUGGCUUACUCUCCAGGUGGUGCAAUGGGUCAGUGCAUCUGGCUGUUAACUUCAGCCAUUUUUGUAAAAGGAUCUCACAAUCUUCUCAACAAGUGGUGCUGGUUGCCCAGUGAGUUGUUCAUUGUGAGACGUUUUCAGAAGCUGCAUCUGGUUUUGUGUGGGUUUUUUUAGAUUGUAAAAAGCACUGGACCAUAUCAGAUACUUACAGUAUGUAGAUAUAGUUUCAAAUAGAUCUCGUUUGAACAGUGUGGGGAAUCUUGUGUUUCGACCAAUAAAUCUUUGGAAAAAUGGGGUGCUCCUCUAUAGCAGGGUGCAUGAGAAUAUGGGAGAAAGGCAGGAGACUGAUGGUGUUUAAUUUGCUAGGUUGGCCGACUGCAGCUGUCUAACAACAUGAGCCUGGUCAUCAUCAUGCCCCGCUCCAUAACUCAAAAUCUCACCGAGGUGGAGGAGCGCCUCAGUGCAGUUGUCUUCAAGUCAGUGAUGACCAAGCUGGAGAGCACCCAUUUCAAGCCUACCGUGGUGUACCUACCCAGAUUCAAGGCGGACACUUCCCAGAACCUCAUGAACAUACUUGGGGAGAUGGGUAAGAAAAAUAAAGCUGGAGAGAGGAGAAAUGAGCUAAAGGCAAAGAAGCAUUGCUCCUUUUCAGCAUGAAGGAUAUGUUGUGUCAGUGAUAGAAAGAAACGCUAACCCCCACACUCCACCACCCUGUCACCAGUAUAUUUAAUUGACUCAAGCCCAUGAAGAAGCCGAUUUCACACCAUUGUUCACAGAGCAGGACUGGCUGCAUGGCUUUAAGUGUCCUCAACUGCAGAGAGAUAGUGCUUCUACUCCACUCCUCCCCAAACUAGAUUUCUUGGGACAAGAAAAACAGAUGGAAGCAGCACUGGGAAAACAUGGGUGGUGGUUUACAGGACAAUAACCAUGUCAUGUGAGCCCUCCAUUAAACAUGAGUUCAUAGGGCAUAGUUAUUGCACAAUAAAUGCCUCAGCUGGAAGCCACCAACCUCACUGUAUUCCAGUAUUAAUAGUAUUGUCCUUCUGUCAUUUCUUCUCCCCACAGGCCUGAUUUACUACCAUUUAUUUGCUGUAAAAGAAUUGCCGUGCCAACCUAUCCGGUGUGGCUAAGCAAAGCACGAUGCCUUUUAAAGAUUCUUGUGUCUGCUUCUAGAUUAGCCAACAUCUUUUCCUCUUGGGGUGUUCUGUGUUUGUUUGUGUGUGUGAAAUAGUGCUGUGGUGCUAAUAAAGAAAUAAGAGGGGAAAAUAAUAAUUGAAGGAAUCCAAUUCGCUCUCGCUCUUGCUCUCUCUCACGCGUGCACACACACACACACACACACACACACACACAGAAUGUGGCUAAUUCAGAAGACAUGCACCACUAAUUCCCUACCGAUGCUAAAACAAAAAGAAAUAAAUUGGGCUAAACCUUAAAAAGGGAAGCUUUUAAUUAAUGUUGCUGGGGACUUUUGCUGACCGGGAAAUACUUCUAAGUCAACAUGAUAAGAAGAUCUUUUCCUUAGGGAAGGGCACUGCUGGUUAAUAUAACACUAUUGAAUGCUAUGUUGUACCUCCAUUUUAAUUCUACCUCUAGCUAAUUGUGGGGAAAGCAUUGCCUUGGAAGUACUACAAUGUUUGCAGGCAUGUACAGGGAUCUCUUCCCCCGUAGCUCUGCUUUGAAGCCCAUUUCCAGCCAAAGGAGAAGAGAGUUCAGGUUUCAUCCGAUAUUAUCUUUAUGCAUUUAAUCCAACCUUCUCUUUCAGAUUUUGGCUUUUUCUAUGAUGCCGAUCUGUGUGAGAUCUCCACGGAUAAAGAACUGGCCGUGUCCAGUGCUCACCACAGGGCUGUGCUGGAAAUCAGCGAGGAAGGAGUGGAAGCGGCGGCUGCCACAGUUGUCUCCCUGGCACGCACAGCCAAUAUCUUUGAAGUGUCUCAGCCCUUCCUUGUUGCAGUGAUGAGGGAUAAUGGGUUCCCAGUCUUCAUGGGGCGCAUCAACAACCCACAGGCAGCAUAA